UGCUGCUCUCUAGUUACACUAUGGCGGCCCGGACUUGCGGAGGAGGACAACUUCUUUCAGAAUCCUCCCAGAAAACUGUAGCAAGGCGACGGGUUUAAUCCCGAACCGCCCCGGGACUGAGGUAGACGACGGCUCGACGUGUGGCUCGAACCAGGCUUUUUGUCCGCCCCCACCCCCCGUCCUGGAUGCUUGUCGCGGCGGCUGUGAUGCGUGAGGAGCCGCAGCGGAGAAACUCCCCUGAUUUUUCCGCGUCUGCUUCUGCCCCCCGACUGUCAGUUAGCCGGCUAGCUGCGCGCUAACUCACCCGCUCCGCGCUAACGGUCGUAGUAGCCACACACCACGGGGCUAUCGCGCGCGUUUCACCCGCCCGGGGAGACGGGGAUGGCAUUGCGCCUCCAGCCGGCCAGCGAACCGCUCGAGACGGGAGAGGAGAACGCGUUCGAGGACCCGGACGAUAAGUUUGUCAGCAGUCAUUAGCCUAGCAUAGCCUAGCCUAGCUCGCCUAGUACACCGACAGGUAACCGUUGGCCGGCCGCUAGCGCUUCGCCUGUCCACUAGCGAGCUAGCCAAUUAGCAUUUCUGUGGAACCUGCUAAUCCCCGGUUCAUCCCGGCUCUGCACCACCUGAUUCAGGCCGAGACUUAGCCAGUGUGUGUGUCCGUCGGUGAAGCGCUUAUUGACACGCUACUGUUUAAAAACAAGUGGUUGUGUUGACUGUUGCAAGUCCUUUGCUAGGUGUGUGUGUGUGUGUGUGUGCUAGCGGUCUUCUAGGUGUUCUCUAGGAGGGAGUGGUAACCGUCGGGUAGCUAGCUAAGAGCCCCUGGAUCCGGGUCAUGCCAGGCUGUACACGAGGACCACUCCACGGAUGACACUUCACUGACGUGUGCGAGCCGAUCCCCGUGCGGCUCGUCGGGGUGUGAGAGCUCCUCGUUAGCCUGCUGCAAGACGAGACUCGACCCAGCUCGAAAGCGCGCCCUACUCUACCCCCCCUGCUACUGACAGACACCAGGGUUAGUUUACGGCACUGAUUGGGCUUUGGAGUCGGUAGUGUCCAUUAAGUGGUGGGAAGCUGCUGCUGCUGCUGUCUCUGGAGGGGGACCGCAGACCCGAGUCCGUGGCGGCCCCACCGGCUUCCGUCUCCUGCCCCAGUGCUGGAGGAGUUUGAUGGACGUGGAAGGCUGUUGGCCAGACUGUCAGUGCUAUACUCAGUCAUGUAUGUCUUGACACAUGGCACCCUGGUCUGUACAUAGUGCCUGCUGUCGGACUUAAGUGUCGUUAUGUAGCUUUGGUGGACAGUGAGUGAAGGGAAUGUCUUGUCUCUUUUAUACCUGUUGGUCUGUUUUUUAUUUUCACUUUUCCCAAACACACACGAGCGCCGUUGCAAACCGUGGGAAAGCAGUACAGCCCGGCCCGUGCACAGGGGACAAUGUCUAUUAGCGAGUGCCUGGAAGCUUAAAGGACUAACAGCUCUGCCUACACACAGAGCCACGUAUAUUGUAGAUUAUUCUUUGGGGAUUGCAACACAAGCCUGCCACUCUGGAUCAAGAAAACGGGUCCCUCGUGUCCGGUUGGAGUAACACUCUUAAGCCAAAGUCAAUGCCUUCGGCGCUGGCCGUGUUCACCUGCCGACCCAACUCGCAUCCAUUCCAGGAGCGGCAUGUGUACCUGGAGGAGCCCGUCAAGAUCGGCAGGUCGGUGGCUCGGUGUCGACCGGCCCAGAACAAUGCCACCUUCGACUGCAAGGUGCUGUCCAGGAAUCAUGCCCUGGUUUGGUUCGACCACAAAACCGGCAAGUUCUACCUGCAGGACACGAAAAGCAGCAACGGGACAUUCAUCAACAGCCAGAGGUUGAGUCGUGGCUCAGAGGAGAGUCCAGCCUGCGAGGUCCUCUCUGGAGACAUCAUUCAGUUUGGUGUCGACGUCACUGAGAACACGCGCAAAGUCACCCAUGGCUGCAUCGUGUCAACAAUCAAGCUCUUCUUACCCGACGGGAUGGAGGCACGCCGCCGAAGCGAUGUCAUCCAGGCUCCGCUACCACUUCCUGUAGACCAGAUUGCAGCCAACACUCCCAGUAUGUAUUCUCAGGAACUGUUCCAGCUCUCCCAGUAUCUGCAGGAGGCCUUACACAGAGAGCAGAUGUUGGAGCAGAAGCUCGCCACUUUGCAGCGUCUGCUCUCCUCAACUCAGGAGGCCUCAGAGAGCAGCUGGCAGGCACUGAUUGAUGAGGACCGUCUGCUCUCCAGACUGGAAGUGAUGGGCAGUCAGCUACAGGCUUACUCUAAGUCCCAGACGGAGGAAGGAAUCCGGAAGGAGCUCUUGGCUCUUCAGGAGGACAAACACAACUACGAGACGACAGCGAAGGAGUCUCUGAGGAGAGUCCUGCAGGAGAAGAUCGAGGUUGUCAGGAAGCUGUCAGAGGUUGAGCGUUCACUCAGUAACACGGAGGAUGAGUGCACCCACCUGAAGGAAAUGUCUGAGAGGAGCCAGGAGGAGCUGAGGGAGCUCGCUAACAAGUACAACGCCGCCGUCAAUGAGAUGAAAGAGCUCACAGACAAAAUCAAGGCGGCUGAGGGACGGCAGGAGGAGCUGACCCAGCGGGGGGCCACGGAGAAGAGGGAGUUGGAACUGCGGAUUGAGGAGAUGGAGGAGAAGGAGCAGGUUCUCCAGGCUCGCAUCGAGGCUCUGCAGGCCGAUAACGACUUCAGCAAUGAGAGGCUCGCUGCUCUGCAGGUGCGGUUAGAACAGCUACAAGAGAAAAGCAUAAAAGAGAACAACAGCCUGGAUGUGGACAUUGACUCCAUUGGACCCGUAGAGGAGCCUGUGGAGGACAAACAGAGCCAGGAGACACCUGAGAGCCACGAGGAAGACGAGGAUGAGGACGAUACAGACACUGAUGAUGGUGCUGUCGGUGAAGAUGAAGAUAUUGAUGACAACUGUCACGUUAACAACAGCGGAGGAGACUCGACUAGAAUCCAACAGUUGAUUGAGUGUCCGCCGGUGAAACAGCUGAAGGAGACGGUUAGUUCUUCAAUCCACAAACUGGCCAACUUUGAUGAAGUGUUGGACGCACACCUACAGAACAACCAGACAGGAGAGGACGACAUCCUGGCCAGCCCCGAUCGACUCAAAGGGAAUCAGAUGGAUGCCAAAGAGUCAGACAUGUCAGACACUCUGAGUCCGAGCAAAGAUCGCAGUAGUGACGACACGUCAGACGGCAACAUGGACGACCAGGAGCUGAAUGAACCACAGAACACUGUAGCUCUGCUCAAAGCUGAGUUGCAUCGGGUUGGUCUGGAGCCCGGAGACACGGAGCAGGUCAUCCACCAUCUCCACAGAGAGCUUCUGGAGGCCCAGGAACUAGCCAACACCGGCAAGCAGAAAUGUCAGGAGCUACAAGCUCUGUUGGAGGAGGACAGGAGGAGUAACUCUCAGAUGACUGAAGAGUCAACCAAACAGAUCCAGUACCUGCAGACUCAGCUCGGGAAGCUGCAGUCCGACAUGGAGGCUUUGAGGGAGCAGAGGGAGAGCACCAUCUGCAGCACCAGAGAAGAGCUCUACUCCGCCCAGGAGGAGAUCAUCGUUCUGCGGCACGCCAUGGAGACAGCCACGGCGGAGCGGGAGCGUGAGAUCGCCGCCCUGCAGGCCGACCUGGGUGGUGUGCGCGUUGAGCUGGACCACUGGAAGAACACUGCCUCCAAGUACGAGGAGGAGAUCAGUCGACUUCAGGAGGCCUUCACACAGCAGCAAAAACAGCAGAACACUGCCAACCAGCUGCAGGUGGAGUGUGGUACGUUGCAGCAGCGCUGUGUGUGUUUGCAGCAGGACUGUGACGGCCUGAAAGAUGAGAGGAAAUCUCUGACAGACAAACUGCACCACCUGGAGGCUGAGCUGAGCAGCACCAGGGAACAGAGUCUGGUCCUCAGCAGCAGUCUAGAGUCUCUGGAGAAGAGGGAGGAGGUUCUGCAGGACAAACUGGGUUCUCUGGAGAACCAGCACCUGCAGGACGCAGGCAGGCUGAAGAGCCAGCUGGACCAGGCCCAGGCCCGCACACACACACUGCAGACAGAGUAUGAAGACACACAGUCUCAGCUGUUGGACCUCCGUCAGCGAUAUGAGCGAACAGAGCAGGAGAAGCUGAACAUCCACCAGGAGCUGGAGCAGUGCAAGAGCAGCCUGAAGCUACUGCAGGACAAAGCCAGCUCCCCAUCCAUAUUGCAGCCUGUCCAAGCCAUAUUCAUGGGCCUUGUCCUGGCUCUGCUCUACUGGUGUUUCGGCCAGUUGUGGUAGAAAGAGCGGCUGGAGUCCCUGGAUGCCGGUCAUCGCAGUGAUGGUCGCCGUGACGGCAGCCGUCCUCUACCCAAACCUCUCCAAGAGCAGCUCCACUUAGGACACAUGGACACAGACACACACACACACACACACACACACACACAGGGCGCUGUGAGGAGAGCAUCACUGCUUUGCUUGUAUAAAGUUAAAUUGUACAUAAUUGUAGAGGGAAUAUAAAGGUUGUGGUUUCUACAGAAGAUUCAGAAGCUUCUCGGUUUAUUUUGUUGUCGUUUUUUUUUGUUGGGGUUCUGUAUUGUUUUUUUUUUGUUUGUUGUUUUUUCUGCAAGCGGGAGUUUCGUUGUUGUUUUUAUUCUCGGCUCUCUCAGCUGUGGUGGGGGCUUUUAUUUUUUGGUUUUCGUCUUUCUGCUGAUUUCUAGGUAACAAGUCGUUCUGCAGCAGAUCUGAGCUUCCACACGAACGGCCUGAGGUGACGUUCACACACACGCACGCCCCCCCGCCCGGUUGUAAACGGAACAGGGUGGAGGAACCAAACACUUCCCAGCGGCCUCGGGGCAGUCGAGGGGAACCACUUCCACAUUUACCUCUAAAACUGGUUCAUUGGCUCUCAGCGCGUUUAACUGCAGCUCUGCCCGUUUCAUCAACACUGUCAUAUUUUAAUAUUCAGUCACUUCACAAAUUUUUUUAACAGCUUUAUAUGAUGACAUCAAAAAGGAGUUUUAAGAACUUUAAUAGUUCAUAUUGUCGAAACAUGUAUCGAUAAGAUCACUCCCCCGUCACUGGCUUCAGAUCAGAUUUGACCUAGUAAAACAGAGUCUGGUGUUUUCAGACGUCUGGUUUCAUCUGAACGUUCUCACACAACACCAAGAGGUCAAACUCCCUGUCGUCCGUGAUGAAGAAGAGCUGCAGACGAGUCAUUCACCUGAGUCUGCUGGAAAGUGUUGGUCACGCCGCGGCCGCUUCAGGAAGUCCAGCUCUGCUCUGGUUCCCGUCGGCCAUGUUGGAUGUUGAACGUGGCGUUUUCUGUUUUCACUUUGUUUUGUUUGGGGAGGUUUUGGGGUCGGGGCUUAAACUUGAAGCCAAAUUAUUAAAAACAAAAGUCAGAUUGAUUUUCUUUUUUGGCGACACAGUAAAAGGGGUCAAAGUGCCUCGGAUGUGACUUAUUAACACCACAGUUUGUGUAUUUGUGCGGACAAACACUACCACACACACGCGUAGCGUCUUUGACUGUCGGAGGUGUGUUUGUUGUUUGGAGAGAAGAUGGACACUGACCUUCCUUCUCCUGGGCUCAUGACCUUCACAGUGAAUCGUGAUAACGUCUCUUCAGGACCUUGUUGGUUCAGCUCUGGUUCAAACUCAACAACUUCUGGAUGGAUUCAAAUUCGCUUCCCUGAGGAUUAAUCCCAUUGACUUUUGUUGUAGCGCCACCAGCUGGUCAAGAUACGUUAAAGUCCCACAUGUAAGUUAGUGACAGGAAAGCUGGUUACAAUACCCAGUUAUAUUAAUAAUAUACUGUCCCUCACCUUAAUUCAUCGUGUUUGUCGAUCAUGAUGCUGCCACCUUUAAUCCUACUGCCAAUUCCUCCUGGUGGUCAGUCACCGUACUGCACCACAAAGGUUUUUUGCACUACAGUCUGUUCCCCCCCAAAAAAACUAGACAAAUCUUUGGUUGAUGUGCGUUGAAAUCAAUUUUCAGUAAAAUGAGAAGCAGCCUCCUUUGAGCUCAGAGUUCAGGUUUAACUAUCGACCCACUGUGUUGAUCUAUAUCCCCCUUAAAUCAUUUGCUUUCGAAAAUCCUAUAUUUUCCUAUAUUAAUGUUUGGCAUCGCUGCACAUCCUGACACUUUACCACUGUCAGCUGUCGAUCAGCGGGGGAAACUUCUCUGGCAGGAGAUGUGCGUCAUGUUUCCUCAUGUACAUGCAAACCUGCAAAACCUUUGUUCCACAGAGCAAAUGGUGGCCAAAAGAUGCAGGGUCCCUGAACGCAGCACAGAGUCCUGCUGAGUCUGAAGUCCACCAGUGAAGAGCUGAGUGACGAGACGUCUGCUGACACUCGAUCACACCCCAUUCCCCUCCAACCAGAGUCUAUUUAACGAUCCAAGACCUAAGGAAUUGAUAAUAAAUAUGAUAAUCUUCUUUAAUUUCCUGGUGCCAGCCUCAUGAUUUAUUUACACGACAACAUCCACGUCUCAAACUGGGAAAAACUCUAAACUCUAAAACCAGACCAAGAGUGCAUCAGACCAGUGGAAUGUUUUGAUUCUCACGUCUCCAUCUUCUCUUCAAACACAGUCACACGCACCUCAGGCCUCUGCUGAGAUCACGUGUGUGUCUGUCUGUGUGUGUGUGUUGUUCACACUCUGGACUCUUGAGCAGUGUUUGUCAUCAUCUGUGUACUCUGUCUUGUCUCCGUGUUUUAAAAAAAGAUAAAUAAAUAAAGACAGAGAAAAUACAACGAACUAAUAUUCCUGAUGUUUAAAGAGAAGAACACUACAGAACAGUACAGAGAGAGAAUUGUAAAAUAAAAGUGUUAUUGAAAUGACGUGCUACUAGACUUAUUUUGUUAAAAUUGUUUAGAGAUAUGAGAGGGAGCUGUGUAGAGGAUAUGAUUCAGAUGAUGUGUUUAAUAUGCAGAGCGAUGUUUGGAUUAAAGUUGUAGCAAGCUGACCCACCA